AUGGCGUCUGGUGAGUCUGGCCGCCGCCAGUCGGUGUAUAAGAUAUUCGGAGAGCCGGUACGUAUCAAUGUCUGUUUGCUGUCUCGCCAUUUCGCUGCUGCCAUGGCUGCUCGUCUCUGCUGGCUGUUGAUCUGGACUGGCACUCUUGCAAAAAGCCCACUUCGUCUCCCCCACUGUUCCCGCCACCUCGCCCUGUCCACGCUGCAUCUUGUCUUCUUGCUGCCCGUCUCUGCUGUCUUCGUCUUCUCCGUCUUCUUCGUCUUCAUCCUCGUCUUCAUUCUUCGACGAGAUGAAGAGCAGGACGGAGAGGACGAGGAUGGAGAUGGGGGAGUCAAGCCACUUUUGUCAAACACAGCCUCCGGGAAUAUGGAGUGUGGAGGCAGCAGGGUAUAUAAUAAGGGGGAAAGCCCCUUUUCGCCAGUACAUGAGGGAGUAUAUACCUACCCACGGCCGACGGAAGAAGGCAGGAAGACAAGAAGACAAGAAGACUGCAGCAAGAACACAAGAAAUGCAUGCAAGGAGGGAACUUCCUCGCUGUGGACGACUAAGCGGAUGAACAGCCCGCCAGUUGUGUUGUGA